UUUACACACCCUCGAAAAAGGAGGAGACUGGGACCAAACGGCGUAAGUUCACCAGCGAAGGCACACAACGAUUUGCGGAGAAAAGUGACACAUUGGGGGACUGCAUGGUAAAAAGGAGGAAACCCCUUCUUCCAUAAUAGCCUUCUACAGCGGAAUGUUUUCACGAAGGGGCCAUGGAGACGUCAAGAAAUCUACACAGAAAGUUCUGGACCCAAAGAAGGAUGUCCUGACCCGGCUGAAGCACCUCCGCUCACUGCUAGAUAUCAUCGACAAGAGUGAACUGAAGCCGUUCUUCGAGUCCAACUGUUCUCAGAUUUAUUUUAUCUUCUAUGAAAAUUUCAUUAUACUGGAAAGCAACUUAAAGCAAAAAGGGAACAAAUCGCAACGGGAGGAGCUGGACUCCAUUCUCUUUAUUUUUGAAAAGAUUCUUCAACUUCUACCGGAGAAAAUUUGCAGUAGAUGGCAGUUUCACAGUAUAGGUUCCAUUCUGAAAAAGCUUUUGCACACGGGGAACUCGUUCAAGAUCCGCUGCGAGGGGAUCCGGCUCUUCCUGCUGUGGCUGCAGGCGCUGCAGCAGAACUGCGCGGAGGAGCAGUGCCUGAUCUUCGCCUGCCUGGUGCCGGGCUUCCCCGCCGUCCCCUCCUCCCGGGGGCCCUGCACCCUGGACACCAUCAUCUACAACCCCUUCUCCAACCCGCCGGACGCCAAGGUGGUCCCCGAGGAGAUCACUCCGCUCGUCCCAGCCGUGCCUGGCGAGAAGGUGGCCGACGACCAGACCUGCUACAUCCUCCAAACCCUCCUCAAGUUCAUGGUUGUCCAGGCCUCCAGUCUGGAGUGGAAGAACAGAGAGAACCAGGACAGCGGUUUCAGGUUCCUCUUUGCUCUGUUCAAGAAGUACUACCUUCCCCACCUCUUCCCCUCUUUCACCAAGCUCACCAACCUCUACAAGCCUCUCCUAGACCUCCCCCACCACAGACCAAAGCCCCUGUACGUGCCGGUGACGCGCAACAACGAGAGCACCUUCUGCACGCGCGACCAGUACCUGGCCCCCCGCGUGGCCUUCAUCACCUGGCUGGUCACCUUCUUCCUGGAGAAGAAGUACGUCAGCGCGGCGGCGGCGGCGCCCGGCUCCAAGAACGGCGCCGAGGUCCUGCCCAAGAUCAUCCAGACCGUGACUGCGGGCAGCAGCGGUCAGGAGAAGGCGGCGGCGGCGGCGGCGGCGGCGGCGGGGGCGGAGCCGGAGCCCAACGGGCCGGCGGAGCAGGAGAAGAGCCACUCCAACAGCAGCACGCUGUCGGACCGGCGGGCCAGCACCUCCAGCGUCUGCAGCAUCGAGGAGGAGCACCGCUGCGUCUACGACAUGGUGCACUGCAUCCUGCUCUCCACCCGCGACAACGUCAACUUCGUCAACGAGGUCUUUCACCAGGCCUUCCUGUUGCCCUCCUGCGAGGCCUCGGCGACCCGGAAGGUGAUCAAGGUUUACAGGAAGUGGAUCUUGCAGGACAAGCCAGAGUUCAUGACUGAGCCAGACAAGGACAGCCAAGAGGAGGGGGAGGAGGCUGCAGAGCAGCUAGUAGAGACAGAGACUGAUAGCGCACAAAUACAGGCGCUGGUGAUGCACGGGCACAGGCGCUCCUCCAGCUGGGGCCGAACGUACUCCUUCAGCAGCGCCAUCAGCCGGGGCUGCCUCACCGAGACCAACAACCAGCCCGUCAAGGCCGGCGUCCAGUCCACACUGCAGGUUUUCCUGACCAACUCGGCCAACGUCUUCCUGCUGGAGCCCUGCCAGGAUGUGCCCAAGCUGCUGGAGAACCAGGUGGAGGUGUGCAAGGGCGUGCUCAGCAUCUACCGCCGCAUGAUCAUGGACCACACCAUGAACCGCAAGACCUGGGAGCAGAUGCUGCAGGUGCUGCUCAGGAUCACGGAGGCGGUGAUGAAGCGGCAGCAGGACAACCAAAGAAAGGACCCCUUCGCCGAGAGCCUGGCUGCUCUCCUCUUCAGGACCAUCAUCGUGGCGUGGGUGCGGGCCAACCUGAGCGUCUUCAUCUCGCGGGAGCUGUGGGACGAGCUGCUGAGCGUGCUCUCCUCGCUCACCGACUGGGAGGAGCUGGUGAGCGAGUGGUCCAGCAUCAUGGACUCCCUGACGGCUGUGCUGGCCCGCACCGUCUACGGCCUGGACAUGAGCAGCCUGCCCCUGGACAAGCUGAGCGAGCAGAAGGAGAAGAAGCAGCGGGGCAGAGGGGUGAUCAAGGACUCGCAGGCGGCGGCGUCGGUGGGGCGCUCCUUCUCCCUCAGCUGGAGGAACCAGGGGGACACGGGGGUGCAGGAGCCCAUGCGCUUCCGCAGCGCCACCACGUCCGGCGCCCCCGGCGUGGAGAAGGCCCGCAACAGCGUCCGGCAGAAAGCCACGGCUAAGCGAAGCCAGUCUAUCAGCAACUGCGUUCACCUUUACGAGGCUUUGCCCGCUACUAAAAGCGUCCCUCUGCUGCUCCACACUGUCAGCUCUUUCUUACCUGGCGUCUCUUCCAACUCUUGCGCUCACCGGCUCUCAGAUGUGGAAGAGGGGCAGCUGUCCGAGUGCGGGGGCGAGGGCGACCUGGAGGACGGAGACGCCCCGCCCCUCCCGCGAAGCAGCAGCACCUCUGACAUCACGCAGCAGACUUCGGACGCCUUCCCAGGCCAGAAGCGGGAAUACUCUCCCGCCGGCAGCGUGGACGGCAGGACGGGCGUGUCCGAGAACGCCGCGGCCGGGAGGAGGGACGGCGAGCCCCCCGUGAUUAUGAUUCGUCGGAGCAGUAGUCCCGCAGAGCUGGACUACCCCGGUGACGGGCAGGUGCCAUUUGGCAGGACCAAAAUUCGGGAGAAAAGCGAGAGCAUCAGCAGCGAGACGUCCAACGGCUACCUGAACGACGGCGACGUGGGCCUGCUCUCGUGGCAGGCCUUCGAGGAGGAGGCCGACGCCCGGUCCGCCCACGACGACGCCGCCGCCGCCGACGCCGAUUCCCAGCGCAGCCUCCUGAUGAGCCACGCCGGGGAGCUGGCAGGUUCUGAGUCUGCCCUCUCUCCCCACGCCACACCCCCGUCCCGCCCCCAGCACCCCCCUGCCUCGCCAGCUUUCCUAGUGCCCCCUGAGUGCCAGGACAGCCCCCCUCUCCUGGAGGACUCCAUGCACCAGUCUGUGUUGCACUUGCCAGAGGACCGGGACAGCAGCGAGUGCCUGACGGACGACAUCAGCAUCAUCGCCGGGGGCAGCCUGACGGGCUGGCACGCCGACUCGGCCGCCGUGCUCUGGAGGAGGAUCCUGGGAAUCCUGGGAGACGUCAACGGCAUCCGCUGCCCCAGGAUCCACGCCCGGGUCUUCACCCACCUCUACGACCUCUGGCGCAAGCUGGCCAAGAUCAGGGACAAUCUGGGGAUCAGCGUGGAUAAUCAGUCGUCGCCGCCCCAGCCCGUCCUCAUCCCGCCCCUCAGGAUGAUGGCCUCCUGGCUCUUCAAGGCCACUACGUUACCAGCGGAGUUCAAGGCCGGGAAGCUGCAAGCCUAUAAGCUGAUCUGUGAGAUGAUGACCAAGCAGCAGGACGUCCUCCCCAACAGCGACUUCCUGGUGCACUUCUACCACGUCAUGCAGAAGGGCUUCAACAGUGAUGACCAGGACGUCCUGAACACGGUGAUCCGGCACUGCUCUCCGCGCUUCUUCUUCCUGGGGCUCCCGGGCUUCACCAUGCUGGUGGGAGACUUCAUCCAGGCAGCCGCGCGGGUGCUCAAAUCGGACUCCCCCGAGGCACCCAGGGUUGAAGCCCAGACGAUUCUGGGGUCGCUGGUCUGCUUCCCCAACCUGUACCUGCAGAUGCCCCUACCGCAGUCCGCACCAGGAAGCACCGACAUCAGCACAAGCAACGAGGGAGUUAAGGACUACCUGAUCAACAUCCUGCUCCUGACGGCGCGGAGCGAGCCGUGCGAGAGAGCCAGGUGCAUCGCCAUAUGCAGUCUCGGGGUGUGGAUCUGCGAGGAACUGGUUCAGCAGACGCACCACUCCCGAUUGAGGGAGGCCAUAAACAUCCUCGGUGUUACACUAAAGUUCGGGAACAAGCUGGUGGCGCAGACGGCCUGCGACGUCUUCCAGCUGCUCAUCUGCCACUGGCGCCACCUCCAGAAGACCGACCGCUCGCUCCCCAAGAAGAUCACCGAGAUUUUCAUAGCCACCAUCACGUUCCUGCUGCCCAGCGCGGAGCACUCGACGGUGGAGGCCGAUAAGAAGCUGAUAGUGUCCCUGCUCCUCUGCGCGCUGGACUGGUGCAUGGCCCUCCCGCUGAGCACUCUCCUGGAGCCCGUGACCAUGCCCGUACUAGAUGACCCCUCAUCCCACAAGGCCCCUCUUCUGGACUACAUUUACAGGGUGCUGCACUGCUGCGUCUCCGGCUCCAACCUCCACACCCAGCAGAGCCACUACCUCCUCAGCCUGCCCGACCUGGCCGCCAGCGACUACGAGCCCUUCCUCACCCUGGGCAACGUCAGGAGCUCCGAGCCGCCGCCGCCGCCCCACUCCGCCGCCGAGUUCGGCAACCUGCUCACCGUGGCCGAGGAGAAGAAGAGGCGGAGCAUGGAGCUGAUCCCGCUGACCGCCCGGAUGGUGAUGACGCACCUGGUGAACCACCUGGGUCACCACCCGCUCAGCGGCGGCCCCGCCCUCCUGCACAGCCUGGUCAACGAGAACCACGACAACCUGUACGUGGAGUCGUCGGAGCUGUCCUCGGAGGUCUUCAGGAGCCCCAACCUGCAGCUCUUCGUCUUCAACGACAGCACGCUGGUGUCCUUCCUGCAGAUCCCGCCCCUCGGCGAGCCCCCCGGCGAGCCCCCCGCCGGGCCCUGCCCGGGGACGGCCGCCCUGCCCGAGGUGAGGGUGAUCGUGCGGGACAUCUCGGGGAAGUACUCCUGGGACGGCGGGGUCCUGUACCGCCCCCCGGAGGGCGAGGCGUCGCGCCGCGGACCCGCCGUCGCCGCGGGAACGCUCGACGCCUCCUCGAGCCCCCGCGUCCCGGACGAGACCGCCGCUCCCCGCCCCGGGGGCGGCCCCGCGGACGCCGAGGAGGACGAGGAGGAGGAGGAGGAGGACGUCCUGGACCGGCUGCUGGAGAGCCUGGGCCAGAGCAGCCCCGAGUGCCUCCCCCAGCCCCGCCUCCGGCUCAACCAGCCCGCCCCCUCGCCCUUCGGCAUGAACCCCGAGCAGGAGGCCGCCAUCACCGAGGCCGUGCUUCGCCAGACCCUGCUGGAGGAGGAGCACGCCCGCCGCUGGUGCGGCACCCCCGGGGCCCGCGCCGCCCCCCAGCUGGAGCCCGCGCCCCAGGACCCCAGCGCGCCCUUCUACUUCUGCAGGCUGCUGCUCAACGACCUGGGCAUGAACUCGUGGGACCGCAGGAAAAACUUUCACCUCCUGAAGAAGAACUCGAAGCUCUUGAGAGAAAUUAAGAAUUUGGAUUCGAGGCAGUGCAGGGAGACGCACAAGAUCGCGGUGUUCUACAUCGGGGAGGGGCAGGAGGACAAGUGCUCCAUACUGUCCAACACCGAGGGGAGCCAGGCCUACGAGGACUUUGUGUCUGGACUGGGCUGGGAGGUGGACCUGGCCACGCACUGCGGCUUCAUGGGCGGCCUGCAGAGGAACGGCAGCACCGGAAGCACCGCGCCCUACUACGCUACCUCCACCGUGGAAGCCAUCUUCCACGUGUCCACCCGCAUGCCCUCCGACUCCGACGACUCCCUCACCAAAAAGCUGCGUCACCUGGGAAACGACGAGGUGCACAUCGUGUGGUCGGAGCACGGGAGGGACUACCGGCGCGGCAUCAUCCCCACCGAUUUCGGCGACGUGCUGAUCACCGUGUACCCCAUGAAGAACCACAUGUUCUUCAUCCAGAUCAUGAAGAAGCCGCAGGUCCCUUUCUUCGGUCCGCUGUUCAACGGCGCCAUCGUCACGGGAACCUUGCUGCCCAGUCUGGUGCGCGCCACCUGCAUCAACGCCAGCAGAGCCGUCAAAUCACGUCUGACCCUCUACCAGAGCUUCUAUGAAGAGCGAGCGCUGUACCUGGAGGCCAUCGUGCAGAACCACAGAGAGGUCAUGACCUUUGAGGAUUUCGCCGCCCAGGUCUUCUCCCCCUCCCCGAACUACUACGCCCUCAGCGCAACAGGUUCCCUCAGCGGCAGCACAAGUGCUGAGCUCAGCGUUGCCGUAGGAACAGACUCCGCCGACCAGGUCUCCCCCACCAUGCCGCGUGCCACAAAGAACAGAGUUUCUGGAAAACUCCGACGUUCAGCCAGCGCUAUAAGCAAAUCCUCCAACUGAGCUCUUCCCUGCAAAGUGAUUUUUUUGUUUUGUUUUUAUUUCCGUGUGAUUCAGCUCUUAACAGAUUCGUUUUUAAAACCUCACACCCUCACGACUGCAAUGUUUGUUUUGUGUUUUUUUUUUGUUUUGUUUUUUUCGUUUGGUUCUCAAAUAUAACUGGGCAAACACUGGCAAUGUUUUAAGUUAAAUAUGAAAAUAUAUAUAUCGUUAUUAAGUACAUUUCUGAUUGUGUUGUUGAAUUGUUGUUUUGUUCAUUUACACGUGACACUGUGAGUUUUAAUUGAAUUUAGGAAGAAUCAAAUGCUAAUUCAAAAUGAUUGUGGGGGGGGUGUGAAAACUUGUGACUUUAGACUUACCAUUGUUCAUAGAAUGAUAAGUCAGAAGUAGUAGUCCAAUAAUUAUUCAGGGAACUGAGUAAAAAAUAUUUAAUGAUUUUAAAGUAUGAAGUUAUAAUAAAUAUUUGUGAUAUUUCUGAUUGUGGCAAAGGUGUGAUUCACAGUGGUUUCCAAACCGUACCGCCGUUGAGGAGAUGUUUUGUGGAAUUGGGAAUGAAGAGCUGUUCUCUGUUCUUUUUGCUGGCUUUCCCGAACGCUACGUGUACACCAGUUAACCCGAGCCAUGGGCUAAGUUCCCCACGGAAAUCGAAACUUAUGAAAACGUCAAACCCUCACCGGUCAGGAAAGUCCAAUCAGUUUUUAUCCACAUGUUGUUGGUUUUUUUUUUUUAUUUUGUUUGUUUGUUUUUUGUUUUUUUUAUCGUUACCUUUUUUUUGGUGCCUCCGAAUCCUUUACAAUGUGAUUUUGUUUUCGUCUUAACGAAGAGUCAUCUUCUCGACACUGCUGUCUUAAACACUGUCAAAAUCGCCGCCGUCGCCGGUGGCGAAAUAUUUAUUCGCUUGCCCUCGUCUGCCUACAAACGCUCUCACGCCAGUGGAUCUCCGGCUGUGUGUCGCAGGACGCGCGCGGAGGAAAAUACUUGCUGUCUAUAAUAUUUCCUGUUAAAAUUCACGCCGGCCCGAUGAGUCGCUAGAUGCUAUCUGCGCUAGCUGCAGCGUACAUGCGGCUGUUUUGAUCCUCCAUUUUGAAUUGCGUAAAUGAACAUUUGUGUCCCAGGCUACAUUUUAAGAGAUUGCUCGCAGGAAAUAUAUUUGCUUUUUUUUUUUAAGCGGGUCAUGGGAUCUAGAAGGUUUGGAAACCACUGCCCUACACUACCUGGCUCCUGAUUUGUGGUUUAGAUGCCUGUUUUACAUUGUGAAGUUUGGAAUGCAAACGGACUGAAUAACAAUGUGCUUCCCACUGAGACGAAUCUAAUUUAAUUCCUCUUUUUUUUUCUUUUUUUUUUUUCUAUUUUAGAUUUAUUUCAGUGGACGGUUUUUGAUUUUAUUUUGUUUUUAUUUUUCGCUUGAUUUAUGCAACUUUACUGGAAUGAAAAAAGACUGCAUUUGUAAUUGUGUGUGAUGUGGACUAUCCUGUGUAGGAUACUUGUAACCUGUGAUGAAUAUGGUUUUUAUUACCGGGUCUCGUUUUUGGACGUUAUCUUUACGUUUCUCGUCCUGUGAAGCUGCAAGACAUUAUUACAGUGUGACAUUCCCGCUGGCUUCGUUUUUUGCACUUGGUCCUCAGUGGUAACCUAAAAUCAAAUGUCUUCGUUUUCUUUUUCUUCUCUUUUCUCGGAUUGUAAAACGCUUUAAUUUCUUCGAUUCGAUUCGUUUUCCUUUGUAAAUUACGAAGUAAUAUCUGAGACGGACGUUUUUUGGCCGGCGCGUUGCUGCGUCACGGUCCGCGCGCGCGCUCAGAUUGAAGUCUGAAUCCGCCCGUCGGGGCCUCGGGGUUGAAUCCGUCGCUCCGGCGCGCGUUUCUAACGAGCGAGGCCGGAUGCGGCGUCUCGGCCGCGCGGCGCGAGCGAGCGUUAGCGCGUUGCGUUGGCGUGUGGCACCUGGCUCCCGGGUUCCCUGCUGCCCAGAGCGGUCUGCUCGCAUCGUUUCUCUUUCAGGAGAGCCUCCCUCCUUUACCUGACAUUCUCCUUUAAAAUCAUGAGAGCCCCCCCCUUCCUCCACAUCUCUCUCUCUCUCUCUUCCCCUUGCUCUCUGCCGCCCCAGCCCCCGCCCCCCCUCCUCCCCUUCCCACCUUUCUCUCUGCCACCCCAAACCCCCCCCCCCCCCCCUUGCUCACUCGCUCUCCGUCUGCACUGUGGGGUCCUAGCACACGUUUCACGGGAUUAACGUGGAAGGAAGGGCGGAAAGGCAGUAAAUGCGUUGUGAGAGCAACAGUUGCGUAUGUAUAUGUAUGCGUACAUUUGAGUUGGGAGGCCCAGGCCCCUCGCUGGCAUGACGACAGGGCUAAUGCGUUGCCGUUGUCUUGCAGCGGCAGCCAUCAGGUGUGGAGAUGGCAAACUGCCUUCUUCCCUCCCCUGGCACAACACCACUCGCUCUGGCAUCUCCUACCACCCCCCCACCCCCACCCCCCCCAACUAGUGCGGUUGCCAUGGGAGCCAGGUGCUACAGCCACUCGUAGGCUCCUCAGGAGCUGCAACACCGUCUCAUUGCACUAUUUUUGCCUUACCUGUACAUCGUACCUGUACGUCCUCUUCUUCUUCUUCUUCUGUUUGUGUUCUUUGUUUUCUUUUUCUUUUCAUUUUUUUGGGAUUUUGAUUUCGUUUUUUCCAAGCACUGAUUUAUAACAUAGGAGGUGUGGUCUGAGCGAGGGUGCUCAAAAAACAAUGCUCACUUUUGUGUUUUUUUAAAAGAAUGUAUGCAAAACAAAACAGUGACCCGGAUGAAAUCGAUGCUUUUUCGCCCGACCAGUAAUCACGAAAUCACUACAAAGUCCUCCCACGGCAGGUCUUUUAUUCACUGAAGGUAGAAGAAGUUAAAUGUCUUUGAGCUGAAGUAAACGUUGCUGUUGUAAAAUAUAGGGAGGUCUACUUUUAUCGAACGGACGGGUCGAGGCUGUCGAUGCGAUCAGGGCCAGAGUCGUAUGUUAUUCGAACUGGUCGACGCGCGAGAAGCUGCGUAAAGAUAGCUAGAGUUAAUUCUAGAUUUCCGAUAGGAAAACCGAUUCGUUGUUUCAUCUGGGGAUUCCUGUUCUAAUAAAAAAAAAAUUAUAAAUAUAUAAAUGCUUGUAAUAUAAUCUUUGUAAAAGAGGGAGAAGGAAAAAAAAGCUUGAAAAUUUCAUCUUUAAUUGUUAACAUAUCAAACUGUUUUUAAUGAGAAGUCAUGUUUAUUAGAAAUGUGCAAAUGGAAGCAUUUCAUUAAAUAAAUUUGAGAAUUCCGUAAAAAAAA